GGAAAUCAUUUUUAUUACAAUAGCCACAGCAGGCAAUUCAAAUCUGAAUUCUCCCAAAAAACUCAGAAAUAAACUUUUGAUAUUUUUGAUAGGUCCACAAACAAAAUCCCACUAAAUUUUUCCCACCCACUCACCACCAUGGAUAACCUUAAAAAGCAGCGACCCAAGUCAUUGAACCUUGAGAAUAAGACUCUGGAGGAGACUCCAACGAUUCCAGAAAAGGAUGUAUCCAAUGGUGAUGAUGUGGCCGAUGCUACGGUCGAGUCCAUCGAAUACGAUUACAUGAAGUAUCCCAACCAGAAGAAAAAGUCUCUGGAGAAGAGAUUGAAACCCCAGAAGAAUGUGUCGUUCAAGAUGAUGGUGGAACUGGUGACUUACACGGACAACUGGAAGAUGAAGAUGAUCGAGAGCAGGUUGCGUACGGAGGAGGAACAGCUCAAGAACUCUCUUAAACGUCGAAACUUCUGAUCCAAAUGUGUUUACCCGUAACCAGUUAUUUAAAAUUAGUUUAGUUAUUUGUUAAUUAAUCGACGUAUGUAUAUCUAAAAUUGAAUAUGCCCGUGAUGUCUGAAACUGAAACUGAAACUGAUCGGGAUGAAAUGUUAAAGAUGUUGUGACUCUUGAAGAAAAAGGAUCUUCUCUCGAAAUUAUCUGUGAUGCUCAGGAUCAGUGAUCGGAAGUAAUCAGUUUCUUUACAACUUGUGAACUUUAUGUUUUUUAGAGAAUAGAUUGUCCAUUAAAUCAGAUCUUUAAAUGUAAA